AUGUCUAAGCCUUCUGUCGGCUUUGUGGGCCUCGGAGCUAUGGGCUUCGGCAUGGCCACCCAGCUUGUGAAGCAAGGAUACCCUGUCCACGGAUUCGACGUUUUUCCUGCUUCAAUUGAGCGAUUUGAGAAGGCCGGUGGAAUCCCAGCCUCGUCUUUGCAAGAGUCUGCUCGCGGAAAGCAAUACUAUGUUUGUAUGGUCGCAUCGGCUCCGCAGGUCCAGAGUGUACUUUUUGGCGAAGGAGGCAUUGUUUCUGUCCUCCCACAAAAUGCAACCCUUCUCCUCUGCUCAACCGUUGCCGCCUCCUAUGCCCAGUCUGUCGCGGCCGAACUGCAGUCUAUAGGUCGAGCCGACAUUCAAUUCAUUGAUUGCCCUGUAUCUGGUGGUGCCAAGCGCGCCGCUGACGGUACCUUAUCUAUCAUGGCUGGAGCUCCAGACGCCGCGCUCGAGAGCGGCCGGUUCUUGCUUGAAGCUAUGUCUGACGCGAACAAGCUGUACCUGGUGCCCGGUGGAAUUGGUGCAGGAAGCAACAUGAAGAUGGUGCACCAGGUCUUGGCUGGCAUACACAUUUUGGGCGCCAGUGAGGCGAUGGGUUUUGCUGCUCAAUUAGGUCUGGAUGCAACUAAAACCGCAGAGGCAAUCAAGUCCUCUGGUUCAUGGACCUGGAUGCACGAAAAUCGCUUGCAGCGCAUGCUGGAGGAGGACUGGCACCCCGGUGCUAGUGCUCUGACGAUCAUUCUGAAGGACGUGGGCAUCAUUACCACUUCCGCCCGCCAGAAUCAAUUCCCUACCCCUCUCUGCUCAACUGCUGAGCAGGUGUAUCUUUCUGCUCUUCUGCAAGGUUAUGGCCCUGUUGAUGACUCCUCGAUGGUCCGCCAGUAUUACUCUGAGCCCGUCAUGAAGGUCUCAAAUAAAAAGUCCCCUGAGGAGACUGCGCAGGCUCUACAGCUAGUUCUCGAUAUGAUGGAGGUGACCAAUUUGGUCGCUGCCGCUGAGGCUAUCGCUUUCGCUCGCUAUCUUGGCGUUGAUCUGAAGCAGUUCUUCACCCUUGUCAGUGAUGCUGCGGGCUCUAGCCGACAAUUUAUGACCAAGGGGUUGGAGAUCAUUGAGGGUCGCGUCGGACAAAAUACCGAGACAGUCGACGAGGCUAUUGUGCGCUUGGAGAAGGCUGUGCAAAAGGCGAGAGACUUGCACUGCCCUUUGCAUUUGGGUAAUGCGGCAAUGAAUACCUUGUUUUUGGCUAAAAGGGCAGGGUUCGGUGUUGAAGGAAGUACCGGGGUGGUCAAAGUCUUUGGAUUCAACUAA